AUGGGUAAGACUACAUCUUCAAUGUUCCACCUCAACAACAGAGAAGCGACCAGCGACCAGCCCGUUCCCACGUAUGUCGGUGUGGAGCUCGACAGGACGUUGUCAAUCAAACAACACCUGGAAGGUGCCAAGGCAAACACAAGCGCCCGUGCAGCACUGAUAAGCUGCCCAGCCCGCACCACAUGGGGAGCCACAAGGAAGACACGGCGCAUGUCCACAGUGGCCCUGGUGUUCUCAGCCGCCGAGUACUGCGCCGUAACGUCAUGUUGCCCGAACAUAGCGGCCGUUGUGAUCCUAUCGCGAGCGAGGUGUGGACUUUCCAAGUGCGUUACUUAUUACCUCGUGGCCAUGGCGGUGGCGGAUCUACUGGUUAUCGUCUCCGCCGUGAUACUGAAUCGAAUCACCGGCAUCUACUUUAUUAACAGUUUGUUCUCCACCACUCCCGCCUGUAGUUUCAGCACGGUGAUGAUUUAUACAAGCAGGGAUUCAUCGGUGUGGCUGACGGUUGCUUUCACCUUCGAUCGAUUUGCGGCCAUUUGCUGCCGGCAGCUAAAAGAUAGUUACUGCACCAAGAAAACCGCGACUGUGGUGAUAGCUGCUGUGUGUGUCCUGAGCGGUGUGAAAAAUGCCCCUUUCUACUUUACAUACCAACCAUUGUAUACAGUGGACGGAGUGCCAUGGUUUUGUGACAUUAAGUUAAGCUUCUUCACUGAACCUGUCUGGAAAUCAUACGAUUGGCUGGAUCGCAUUUUGACACCUUCUGUUCCUUUCCUUCUGAUCUUUUUGUUCAAUGUUCUGACUAUCAGACACAUAUAUGUGUCCAACAGAAUCCGCAACGCACUUCGUGGUAACAAGGAGGGCGAGGAUGGGAAAGAUGCUGAAAUGGAGAGCCGGAGAAAAUCCAUCAUUUUACUUUUUAGCAUCUCCACCAGUUUUCUGCUCUUGUGGGUGACGUAUGUCAUUAAUUUUAUGCUCGUUCGGAUUAAAGGCGGUUCCUAUAUCUCCGGUUUCAGUUUCAGAAACCCACGUUACAUUCUCCAAGAAAGCGCCAACAUGCUCUCGACCCUCAGCUUCUGCACGAAUUCCUUUAUUUACGCAGUGACCCAGGCUAAAUUUCGACUGGAGUUGAAGAAGGCUGUGAAAUAUCCUCUGGUGGUGGUUCAUAACUGCCUCAGACGAUGA